AUGGGAAAAAAGAACGAAGAUGGACACUCGGUGGACUCGGUCGCGUCGUAUUCUAGCCAGAAUCACGUUGACCGUAUAAGGGCACAGAAUUUCUCAGCGGCUUCUUGUCAAGACGAAGGCGACUUCGGUUCGAUUAAGACAAGCCUCUUCAGACGGUCAUCGUCUAACUUGGAAUAUCCUAACAAACGACCGGAGAGCGUCACGUCAAACACCAGCUCAACAAGAAGCCGCCUUCGAGAACUUGUCGAAAGGAAAUCGAGUCAGGACGACCACAAGUCCGCGGCAGACACCGUCGGUGAUAUACAGUAUUUUGAAAAUCCUGCAGAAACAUUAGAGUUUGAUAAACCGCGAAAUUCACUAGAGUCCAAAAAGAGUCAAGAAGAACGUCCCAAAAAAAGAAAAUUAUCUAAGGGUAAAGACAAAGACAAAGAUAGGGAUUUCUGUGAAAAUAAGAAUAAAAAACACGAGAAGUACCAGAGUAAGUUAGCCGAAUACUACAAAUUACCUGUACAACUGCCUCAAGACGAGUUUUAUCAACAUUUGACAAGGUCUAAAGCUGCGGAGGAACUCAUACAAAAACGGUUCUCAAACUCAGAUACUGAAUUCAGUGGUAGCUACGGAAGAUUGUGCAAACAUAAAGAACCUGAAGGCGCUAAUUUACGACGCAGUCGAAGCUUGGCAGUAAUAAGAGAGGAAACAUUCACCGAUCUUCAGAUACAAAACCACGCUAAGAGCAAGCGAUCCCAGCUGAUACCCCGCGCCCGGUUAUUUGACAAGCCUUGCUUCAAAGACAGGUUGCCAGGACGAGCAAAAUAUCAAACAAAAGAAGAAGUUCUAGAAAGCAUAUACAUAGAUAGCACUGCUUCGUGCUUUGGAGAUAUAAACGCGCAGAAGGAAAACGAAAAACCGGAUAAUCCUGAAAAUAGGGCAGAGAAAGAGGACGCCGUUUCACAUAACGAAAGCCAGCAUUCAAGGUCUGUAUGUGGAAGUUGGCCGAAUUUGAAUGAAGAAAUAAAACAAACCAACUUGUCCGAAGAUAGUAUCGGUCACUCUCGUAAUCCAAGUGAAAUUGAUAGUUUAGACUCUAACUACGUAAGAAAACAUUACAAUUUCGAAGCUCAUAGAAAAAAUUACAAGGAAAGCUCACCAGAAUCAGAUCGAUCGAUAACUUCACCUAUUCCCAGCAAAGAACUUUAUGUUACAACUGACGAACACGCAACUGAUAACGAAGACAAAGAGAGAUCAAAAAAUACUACACCAAAAUCAUUCACAAACGAUAGCCUUACGCGGAGUGAAAAAGAUAAGCCUGAUGAUCCUGAACCAAUAAGCUACACAGAAACCUAUGACAAACUUUCUGUUAAAAGUGUAAAAAGUAAAAAUAGUGAAAGACAAACAAGUUUGGAACCAGCCGAAGUCACCAAAAUAGAUGAAUCGAAAAACGAUAAUGAUGUGCAAUCUUUAGCCUCUGAAAACGACGAAAUUGUGUCUAGCCCCCCUGAUAGUAUAACUUCCUACAUAUCAAUAUCAAUUGCUUCAUCCGAUAAGUCCCAUAAAUUAGAAUAUUUAGCCAAUUCCCUUGCAGAAAAAAUUGAUGAAUAUUGCGACUCACAAUUUAAAGAGAACACUUCAAUUGCUUCGAACACUUUAAAUUCUGAACACAAUAAUCAAGAAUCAGAUCCUAUAUACACUCAAGUUAACAAAAAAAAGACAUUUGCAGACAUUCGAAGGGACUCAUUUUUAAAGAAGAACGGUAAUAUUUUCAACGAAAUAUUGAAAAAACAAAACAACGAAGUCUAUGUCAGUAACACAUACAUUGAAAGUGAUACAUAUUCUACUAAGAGUCACUGUACUUCUAAGAACAUAACAACAGAGCCUUUUGUUACCACACUUAUCGAAAAUCAGUACUAUUCUUUACCUGAUAUAAAUAUCAGCAAGUGCUUACGAAAGUCUGAACGCAUUGACGCCCAACUAAGAGAAGAAGAUCCGGAAGAUAUACCCUGUGAAAAUACGUAUGAAAUAGCUCAAACUCAUUUCAGAGAGAUAUUGUCUUCAAAGGGUACUGAAAAUUACGGACAACUUAAUAAAACCUAUACAAAACCUACACAUAACAUAAAAAUUCAAACAAACAACUGCAUUUACUUACCGGAGUAUUCUGAACCACAGUUAAUACAAAGCUUUAACAAACUUGACGACGACUUAAAAUCAAUUAUAACUAUCGAGAGUUCUAACACUGACGAAAAAGAAACAAACUACUUUCGUUCAGAUAAUCAUCAAAACGAAAGAGAAAUCAAUGAAAUAGAAGGAACAAUUCGAAACAAUAAAAUCAUAACAAAGUCUGAAAGCUUAAAAAUAUCAAAUUAUCGACCAGAAAUUAAUAUAAUAAAAUCUUUAUCAAAUGAUAACAUAAAUAAAUCAGUGAUUGAGAAAAAACCACGACUUGGAAUAAUUAAAAAACAUUAUUCUCUUCGCCAACGUGAUCCAACAGAGGAAGACGAAAUUAUACGUAUUCCUAGCCCGGAGACAGUGGAAAAAAGUAUUAAUAAAACGAAUUCUGACACUACAGCUCAGAAACCACCUACUACUGAAGAGACAAAAACACAUUCACUCUUAUCUAGGGUUCAAUCUUUCAAGACAUCAGCAGAAUCCAAUAUUGCAAUAGUCCCAUUAAGUGGCCAUCAAACUAUUGUUAUUGAUCCACCAUUAUCCCAAAAAUCUAACGAAAAUAGCCGAAUAGAAUCAAACACACAGCGAGAAGUAGAAACAAAACCGCCGCCACCACCAACAGAAGUAAAACCUGUGAUAGAGAUACAGCCGAAGUUUGAUCAAGUACCAUUCACAGAGCUUAAUAAAGAAACUAAACCAAUCAACCAAGAAGUCAAAAAAGUCACAGUAGAUACUUGUAUUGAUACUUCCAGCUACUACACACCUAAAGAUCCUUUCAUAACUAUAAAAUUAAACAAGGUAGUUAAAACUACAAUACCGAAACUAAAAAAAGAAACAAGCGAUAAUAUUUCAUUUGUCCAGCAUAAAUUUGAGAAACCACCUCCUAAGUUAAUAAUAAAAGACAACAAAAAUUGUCCGGAGCAGUCUUUGUACACAUUCAGGAAAAUUAAUACAACAAUGACUCGACCGCAAGUAUUACAAGUUAUUGAUUCCAAAAACAAAAAACAAAAUAUUGUAACAAAAAUGGAAAAUAACUGUGAAACAAAUUCACCAGUAAACAAGAAACUAGAUAAUCCUAUUGAAUCUAAAGAAGAUGCCAAAGACUUGAAAGGAGACAAUAAUGUAAAAGAAAAGUUAAAUAAUGCAAUAAAAACGGAUAUCGAAUAUCAAGAGAAAUUAAAUUCAGUAAAAAACUAUUGGUCGAAACUUAUAGAUAAGAACCCAGAUUUCAAUGAAAAUAUUAAUAAACCAGAAAUAAAAAUCAAUCACGAAGAUUUUAACAACAAUAAAGAUGGUGACCUAAGUGAUAACAAAAUAGAAAAGGAUCAACAGAAGACCGAAGAUAGUAAGUUAUUGUCAGAAAUAUCUGUAGGAAACAUAAUCAAGACUUUAGAGAGCGUUAAAAUUGUAGACAGCAUACGGAAAAUAAGUCAAACGAAAUUACAAUUAUGGAAAGACGAAACGGAAAAGGUUAAAAGUGAUUCAGAAAUAGAAGAAUCGACGUUAGAUAAAAUUGUAAAGGAUUGUGACACCAACUUUUAUGAUAAGAGUGAUCUAGCAAAAUCUGAAAUAGAUUUAUGCAGAGAUACUCCUGAAAUAGAAAUCGUUGAGUUGAGCAGUGAUGAUAACCAAAAUCAAAAAACUCAGGCAACUUUAAUAAAGGCCAAAGGGUACGAAAAAGGAUGUGAUGAUUUCGAUCAUGUGAGAUACAAGGUCAUGAAAUCGGAACUCUUCAAAAACAGUAUGAUUGCUAAUUAUCGUAAAGAAGCACAAUUCGACGGACUGCUUCAGUAUCUACAAGAUUAUAGCUUUCAAGAAUUAUUGGUCAAUAACAACAUCGUAAUUAUUGAACCAGUCCGCACGAAAAUUGAACCUUCACCCCGAAAAAAUACAGACACGUGCAAAAUUCCACCCACCUUGCUGAAGAAAAACGAUAGCAACGCUAACCUAUCUGAUAAGCCAAAAAAUGCAGUAAGACGACAUUUCUUUUAUCAUCCCAUAAGAGUUAAUAAAGAAAUAAUAGAAGAAGAACUCCCUAACCCUGAUACAGUUAAAAAGGUAAGAAACUUAUUCGAAGACACCUUGAAAAUGAAAAGUCCGAUGACGCAUGAUCCGCCUUUGGUUAAUGAAAAUCUAGGUUUAACAAGAAGAGCUACAUCCUACAGAAGCCUAAAUGAAGAAUCAAAAGGAACCAAAAACGGUGGUCGUAAGAAAAUUAUACGACAGCUGACUAUAGAUACCAACUUCGGCAAUAAGAAAUGGGAUAAUGCUAGUCUGUCAAGUGGUGUAUCGAGCGGAGAUCUAAGCUCAAACAACGAAUAUGAAACAGACGGAUUAAGUCCAUACUCACAGAAAAAUCUAAAAGAUAAUGCCUACAGUUCAAGUGAAGAAUAUCUUUGCGAUUCAAUGAAUCAAGAUUUUUGCUGUGAAAGUCAAUAUGUAAGCCCUGAUAUUUUAAAGAAAAUAAGAGAAUGCGGUACUUCCAUAACAUACUACGGAGGUAAAGUACUUACUUCAAAAACCGGCUCCACAGUAAGUCCUAUGACAAAAGCUAUAAUGGAAGAAAUAAAAAGUCUACAAAAAAAUUGUAGCAGGGAUUGCUACUCUUGUCAAACCAAAUGUCGAGGUGAUAAGUGUUCAUGUCUCGUCGCAGAUAAACACAAGCAAAUGCUUUCUGAAAAACAAAAUUCUAACACAAGUCUAAAUGUAGUAAACCAAAAUCAAGACAAAAGAACAGAAAGCUUUCCAGGAUUUAAAUUUAAAUUGGUAAAAUCCAACAGUUGUAGCAGCCGUUUAGAACUCACGGGUACAGAUGAUAGCAAAAAUCCUCGAAAUAAAUUCAAAAAACAAUUAUCAAGAGAAGACCCUCCACUGGUGCACGAUGAUGAAAAUUCCGUUAAGAAUAAAAUCUGUCGUCUAGAAAGCUACAGCAAAGGUAUCGUAAAGACUCCAUUUGACAAUAAAGACAGUGGAAUUAAAAAGGAUUUAGUUAAAUCCAAAAUUGAAGCAAUAAAACAAAAUGACGCAGCUGUUAAAAAGAAGGAGGCUCCUGUUCAGCAUAUAGCACCUGUAGUCGAAAGUAAGAAAGAAACAACAAUCACAGAACAACAAGAAGGAUGUUCAGAGGAUGCUAAGGCCAACAAUGCACAAGGAGACAAACAAGCGUCUAAUGCUCAGACCUUUGAGAAGAAAUUUUAUUACGUAAACGAUAACUUAGACCAAAGUAAAGUUACAACAGGAAAAUUCGGUGAAAUGGUGUUCGAAGAGUUUGAAGUCUUAGAGUCGUGUUACGAUAGUUUGAAUAGCAAUAAGUCAUUAAAAUGAUAUGUCUACAUUAUCCAUAUAAGCUUUUGCUUACAUAAAAUGUGAUCUGUAUUCAAAUAACACUAUUAAAUUAUUGCUAGUAAAUAGUAUGUACCUAAUAAUAUAAAUAUUUAGCUUAAAAUCAUGUAUCUAAUUUAGUUUUAGGUAUAUUCUUUUAACAUAGAUAGUUGUUAGUUCGCGAUCAAAGUGUACCGUAUUAUUUGGUGAUGGUCUCUUUCUCUGUAAUAAAUGUAUUUUAUGAAUA